GCUGCACUCUCACCCCAGAACCAACACAGCUUCUCUUUUUCUUAAAUGUGUCGAUCACUGGCUUCACCAGCUGGCUCUUCGCUUGUAUUCUAUGAUAGAUUCUCGCCCUGCCAUAUUUGCUUAAAGCAAGGUUGUUAAGAAUUUUCUUUUGGUUCAUUAGGAGGAGCCGGCGUGUGCUUCUCUAUUCGCAUUUAUCAGAGAAGCAACAAUCUGUAAUUAACGGCGGCGAGACCGUUUCAGCUUGAAAAAGCUAAUCAUGCAGAGUAUCGUGAACACAAUAAAAGGUCGAGCAAUUGACCUAGCUGCGCAAAUCACACCAAUCCUACGAGAGUCGAAGUUCCGCGAGAGUGGAAUGCUUACGCCGGAGGAAUUUGUAUUAGCCGGUGACCAUCUUGUUGCUACCUGUCCCACAUGGGCAUGGGCUAAAGGCGAUCCUUCAUGUACGAAGUCAUAUUUACCUGAGGAUAAACAAUUUCUCGUCACCAAAAACGUUCCAUGUUCGAAACGCUGCAGAGAUAUGGAAUAUAACAAUGAAAGCGAAAAGAUAAUUGAAGGCGAGGGUCUCGACGAAGGCUGGGUGGAUACACACUAUUACGCUGCACAAAAUGCUCCCACAGUUAACGACAGUGCAUCCAAGGGGACUGAUGACACAUAUAAAAACAACUUCGAUGCAAAAGCGGCCAAUUUUGAGAACGAUGAAGAUAAUGAAGAUGAUGAACUGGAAGGGGUCGAUAUGGAUGACUUUCUGGAAAAACUCGACGAAGAUUUGGAAACAGCGCACUCGAUGGUGAAAAAGGCAGCUCUUGUUGAUCCUACCGUUACUUCGGCCGAUGACGGCUCAGUAGCUGGGGAUGGCGAGGAGGAGAUCCUCGCUACAAGAACCUACGACUUGAACAUAACCUACGACAACUACUACCGAACGCCCCGGCUUUGGCUGACCGGCUACGACGAGAAAAUGAAGCCAUUGACGACGGAGCAAAUCUAUGAAGACAUCAGUCAAGACUUUGUAAAGAAGACGGUAACAGUCGAGAACCAUCCACAUAUUGAAGGCGUUCCACAGGCAUCCGUGCAUCCUUGCCGCCAUGCACAAGCAAUGAAAAACCUAAUCCAGACCGUCGAAGAAGGCGGAGGCUCACUUGAGGUCCACAUGUAUCUCAUUGUCUUCUUGAAGUUUGUUCAAGCAGUAAUUCCUACGAUUGAGUAUGACUAUACCGCCAACUUCAACAUGAGUUAGAUAGUCCGGCCCUUCUGUGCUCUAGAUCGAAGAAACUAGGAGAAGUCAGCUAAAUCUCAUAUUUAUAACGGCAAACCAUCCGAUCUACAAAAGACAUUAAACUAAAGUCCGAUCGAAUUCACACCCCUCUUCCCGGAUAGCGGGACAAAGCAUCACGCCAUACAUUUAACAUGGUUUAUUUGUUCACCGCAGUUGCAGGCGCAAUCGCGAUCACAAUUAAAUAAUACCGGUUGUUAUGUCAUUAUAAGUUGAACGUCGAAUACGAAAACACUUGUAUAUCCCCCAGGCACGGAAUAUACAAAAAAUACGAAGGAUCGCAGCCACGAAGUUGAUAAAUUUCGCCGAUGAAAAUAAGCUGAAGCUCACGAAAUGACUGUUAUUCACAUCUAUUUUCACAUUUAUGUAAUAAAACGAACUUAUGUAAGUAAGUUCGUAAAUAGUUGGAUUGAACGAACAGGUUAUGUUAUUCACGUACGCUACCAUAAUUAUUAGGGGUGAUUCACGUCUUUGGCUCGAAUGGUAGCUUACUCGCAAUGAGAUUGUCGAUAUAUAAGUUUAUUGGAAUGAAACAACACGUACUACUUAGUGUCAUUACCGCCAGUAAAUUGAUGACACCUAAUAUGUGUAUAUGUAUAUCUAUUCUCGUUUAUGCUGUAUGAUAUCAGCCGGCCGCAACAGGUGCAUUUUUGAGCUGUUAAACUCUAGGAAGAAUAUUAAUUGAAAACAAAAAUACUGUGACUUGGCCCCAACUUCAACAGUUUAGCUAGUGAAAUCACCGCCGAUACGGCAUCUUCAUAGCCACAAUUUCUUAUUUUCGCUUACGGCUGUAAUUUAGAAGAGCUAUUUAUCGUGUUAUGUGUUAGAAUAGAAGAUGCGUUAUGUGAUGUAUAUCGGCCUGGAAAUAAAUAGAUGUUUGUUAAAAUUU